CAACCGAACAGGGAAUGAAAAUGAAACAAGCCACUCAUGACACAAAAUAUCCCAGUUGCACAGAUUAUCAAAGGCAGGUAGGGCUGAAAGGUCUAAAGAAGGUAGAGGCCUGUACAGCUCCUGUUUUCUUUAAGUUUGAAUCAUAAGACAGGAAAUUUCCGGACAGACUUAACACCAUAUUAUUUCACAACAGUGAAGUCAGACAGAUUUUUUUGAAGAAAGUACUCAGAUUCAAUCACACUUUGAAAUAAAUACACGAUCUCUGUCUUAUUGUGCCUUCAGCAAUCACACUGAAUUAUCACCAGACCAUUAUGAAAAUCUGUAAGACAGGAAGGACUGCCGAGGACAGAACACAAAUCAUUUCUGUUGGUUACGCUUAACAAUGGUCACUAAAAAAAGAUGAUUUCCAUUUAGAAAAUUAUACCAGCAUGAGAAAGCAUGUCCAUGCAAGCGCACAGCAGCGACAGGUGAAGAUUUCAUCCCAAAUUAGCCUGAUGCUAUCAGAACCACGUCCAAAGCAGCUGAACUCUGGAAAAGGUGACUGCUGUAUACUCAGCCAGGGGGUAUCAAUUUACCAAGCACAAAAGUGCAACUACUACUGUACACUGAACAUUUGCAGAAUAUUUGGCUUCAUUGUGGAAUCUAGCCCUCUGUAAAUUAAUCAGAGGUAAGCACUGCAGCUCCUGUGUAGUCACAGACAUCCGAUAUUCAGGAAUUCGGAGGUUCACAGACACUUGGUUGCCUAUAUGCGGUUCCCAUGAAAAUGGUGGCCGUUCCUGGAAGUGCUGUGAACAACUGCCAGUGACGCCUGUGUCUUUGUUCCACAGAUCCAUUCUUUCUGGCUGAGUUGGAGGCAAAAUUAGGAAGCCGCUUCCCGUUACCAAAAUCUCUUAGGGCUGGUUGCUGUUUAUGUUGUUAGGACAACUAUGACUUCACACCAAGAGCACAGAAUAUUUCGGAUGUCACCACUCGGUGGAUUUGAGCUGCUAUUCAUAGUUACAAGCUCUUUAGAUUCAACACAGGCCUGGUGAACUUUCAAAAUGAAACCUGUCACUUGCCAUACUGGACUUUAAAAGAAACAAGCUCAAGUCUACUAUAAUAUGACUAUGAAUUUCCAAUAUAUUUGACAACCCACAAGGCUUAUCACAGUAAAUUGCGCGUACAAUGGCCAUAUAAGUAAAUGCUUGCUUUUCCCAUAUGUUUCAGAGCAGACAUGGAAUUAGAACAUUGUUUGGAAUUCUACUGUAUUAGAGCGAUAGAAUACCAUUUACGGUCUUGUUGAGCAAUAACGGAGUCCGCUCCUUUUGGUAUUUUUCCCAUAGACACUCGCAUAUGCGAAGAGGUACGUCUAUGGGGUGAGCUUCCCCUGCUGGUGUAAAAUGGUAUUAGCAAAUGCUGGUCUGCGACAGGAUCUUGCUUCAGCUUUGUCACUAAAGUUUUCUUAUUCAAAAUAGAAAAUGGCUGACCUAGCAACCGCGGCGUCUGGAGAUGCACUUCACGACAGUGGGGAUGGGGAUGACUUCAGGGUUGCUGGUCACCAUGGUAAUCAGAACAGGAUGGAGAAAGCUUCGCAAGGAAAAAAGAUGCAGUUCCUUCGAACCGCAGAGAACCUCAGGAGACAGGUUGACAAACUUGAAAAAGAAAAGGGCCUCAGUAAUCAAAGCAGGAAUUUGUUUCGAGAUGACUCCGGAACGAUAGAAGACUUGGAAAGCAAGCUCACGCAUGACCGUACAACGGAGGUGACGAAGCUGCAGCAGCAGCUGAAGAAAACGCGCGCCGGUGUGACCCGGUUCCAGAGACAGCUGAUGGAUGUGAAGCCCACGCCAGAACUAAUUGAGAAGCUGAAAGAGAUCAUGACCGAAGUUGAAAAUUCCAUCCGCACUUUCAAAGAAGAUAAACACCAGAGCUACGAGGAGCUCUUGAAGAGAGAGUACACGUGCUGGCAGGAGGUGUGCACCCUGGAGAAGAAGAUCGGGGCGUGGGCCUUGGCCGGGGCGUCGGGUUCGAAGGCCCCCCCGGCCCCCCCGGCCCACGCGGCCAAGGUGUGCCUGCCCAACGCGCUGCCCCCCGAGGUGAACGAGCUGGAGCGCUUCCUCCUGCUGACGGGGGGGCGGCAGGGGGGGUGGGACCAGUACGACCACGAGGUCUUCCUCCGGGAGCGGGUCAAGAGGAGCGGGCGGGACGUCCUCCCCCACGUGCCGGGGAAGCGGGGGGAGGAGGUGGCGCAGCACGAGGAGUGGUACCAGAGGCUGCUCCUCCUCGAGGAGAAGAAGAGGGAGGCGAUCCUCAAAUGGAGGACUCAGAAGGAGCGGAGCAGAGAGCAGGAGCUGAGGCGGCAGAAGGAGGAGGAGGAGGCGGCGAGGCGGGAGGAGGCGGAGCUGGCGGAGGUGCAGCAGCGGCAGGAGGAGGAGGAGCGGCGGGAGGCGGCAGCUCGGCUGGAGGCCUGGAAGGCCGAGAGGAGGGCCCAGGAGGACACGGAGCGGGAGAAGCAGGUCCGGGAGGAGGUGCUCCACAGGAAGAAGGCCAAGGAGGAGCGGCGCAGGCAGCAGGAGGCCAAGCUGGCCCUGGAGGCGCACAUGCGUGCGCGGAGGCAGCAGCAGGAGCUGCUCCUCAUGGAGAGGGAGUACCAGGAGCAGGAGGAGAUGGAGGAGAGACAGAGGGCUGCUGCCGUCGGGAUUAAAAUCUUCCAGGAAAGGGAUCUUUUCAGGCUGGAGGUAAAACUGCAGGAGAAACAGAUCAAGGAGGAGGAGGAGGCAGAACGACAGAAGAGGCUGGCCAAGAUGAAGGAGAAAGUGGAAGCGCACGUCAGCCGCGACCCGUCCAGACUGUGCAAGCCCACCCAGGGGUGGCAGGAACGUACCAAAGUCGUCGGGCCGACGGGGGGAGGACCCGUGUCGCAGAGGUUCCACAGAGCUGUGCCGAGCUGGAGACGAGACUUAUGACCGGGAGCCCCGCCCCGCCCCGCCCAGCCCCGCCCCGCCCUGCCCCGCCCUCCAGAACGGCCCUCCACAUUCGUGUACGCCUUCACGUGCAGGAUGGCCUUGCACACUGCAGAAACAUUAUUUUUAUGUCUGGCGUCAUUUUGCUAUCAAGCUGCUUUGUAUUGAAUGUAUUAAUGUAUUGGACACUUGGAAGAGUCAUUCAUUUUUUUUUUUUUUUUUACAUCGUCACAAUGAUUAGUGUAUGAACCCUGCUUCCUUUUACUCGGAUGGUACUGGGUCAGUUUCCACCUCAUCCUCCAGCUCUUGCGCUGUAAGUUGUCUUUACCAGGCUUUUCUGUAUGGUCCCUUCUGUACGAUAUUCCGAACACACACCUCAAAAGCAGGAACACCAGGAAAAACGGGAAUGGAACGUGUGUACGGAGAAAGUUGCUAAACUGAACAAAUGGCGCUAACACGUAAGCAUACGGAGUAGUUUUAGUAAGCACAUCUUAAAAGCAACAGACGCAAAUGUAGAGCCACAUUUUAAAUAAUGUAUAACAUGAUAAAGUUCCAGCAGCAUGUAUACAGUAUUAUAUCCAAUACUUGCACUUGAUAUUAAAAAGGUACGACUGUGCAGACUUAUAACCAUUAUCAAACUGCAUUCAGCGGUGAAACCGAAGGACUCAAUCUCAAAUACUGCUGCUAAGAUAUGAAAGCAAAAAUAAUUAUACUUGAAAAUUUCAGUCUAGUCUCCUCUAUCAAUAUUGCAUUUUCUACAUACAUUUGAUCUCAGAAAAUGAGGCUACGUGUAGAUCUGUGUCUUACCGACUGCUGAUGAAAUGUUCUACAGCGCUAUGAAUCAUUCCUCCUUACAACUCUGCCAUUUCUGCUGUAAGAAAAAUAAAGUAAAAUGUCUAUCCCUGA